CCUCUCUUCUUUACCCUCGUUCGAGUAAACUGAAGGAGAAGCGGGAGAGGAAGAGAACGAGGGACGGGGCGAGAGGACGUGAAGGUGAAGGGGAGAGACGAGAAAGAAUAGAGUUGACGAGGGAGCAAGGUUGAGGAGAGAAAUAGUUCCGCAGAGAGGCCCUUGGUCGAGUCUAGCGAUGGCACGCAUGCGAAAGAGGAACAAAAGGAAGGUGUUCAUAAAGCCGGUGGUGAAGGUUAAGCAGCCAGCCAUUGACCACGUCACGGGCAACAAGAUUCCGAAGAGUUUCGUCUUCUCGAGGGGGAAGGUACCACAUUCGCUCAAGCAGCUGGAGUUAGAUCUCCGAAAGUUGAUGUCUCCCCAUACGGCCCUCAAAUUAAAGGAAAAGAAACGGAAUAAUCUGAGAGAUUUUCUGAACGUUGCAGGGCCACUGGGUGUCUCUCAUUUUCUGAUAUUAUCAAAGACAGAAACUGCACCCUAUUUAAGAGUCGCAAGGACCCCUCAAGGCCCAACCCUAUCAUUCAAAGUCCAUGAGUACUCACUGGCAUCUGAUGUGGCUCAGUCACAAGCUCGACCUCGGUGUCCACAAGAGCUUUUCAAAAAUCCUCCUUUGAUUGUCCUUUCUGGUUUUGGAACAGGGUAUCAACAUUUGAAGCUCGUUACUGUUAUGUUCCAGAAUAUAUUUCCUUCAAUUGACAUUAACACGGUCAAGCUGUCUUCCUGUCAGCGGAUUGUGUUGCUCAACUAUAAUAAAGAAACUAAGCUGAUUGACUUCCGUCAUUAUUCAAUUAGGUUGCAGCCUGUUGGAGUCACACGUAGGAUUAGAAAAUUUGUGCAGAAUCAUCAGGUGCCUGAUAUGAGGAAUCUUCAGGAUGUCAGUGACUUUGUUACCAAGGCUGGGUAUGGAUCAGAAAGUGAGGCAGAAGAUGAAGCAGCAGCAGUGAGUUUGCCAACGGAUCUUGGCAGAGUAAACAAGGCGUCUACAAAAAGUGCCGUCAAACUUCAGGAGAUUGGACCUCGGAUGACCCUGCAGCUACAUAAAGUGGAGGAAGGAUUAUGCUCUGGCAAUAUCAUAUUCAAUGAAUAUGGUAAUUCCAGUAAAGAGAAAACUACCGAUGAGUAAAGUUGCUCCUCUUGAGAGUUUGUUUGGAACUCGUGAAGAACUAUUCAACUUCUGUCCUCUUCUAAAGUUGCAAUGAAUCAUCAAAUUGAUAGAAUUGCAUCAAUGGCAGACCGAUUAACUUGAGAAGUUCUAGUCUGGGCACCAUGGAUCCGAGAAAAGCAGGCACAGGGCGUCGUCUCCUGGCAAAUUUUGCAAUCUUAUUUUUUGUGUUCUUUUUUCUACAUAACAUUAUUCAUAGGGCAAUUUUGAGCGUCAAGCUGAUGUUUUAAAGAUCAAAAGUGCAAAAUGAUCUCUCUCUCUCUCUCCAUACCUUGAUAGAAGGAUCAAGGCAUCACAUGCAUAUUCACGUUGAUCUGCUGCAUCAUUAAAAAGUACAAUAAUGCCUGUAUGAUGAAACUACAGAUCGUUCUACAAAGUUGGCGGAUUCCAUUGUUCGUGUUUUGAA